AUGACUGCUCAAACCCCACAAACAUAUGACGAUUUAAAAGAAAUUUACCAAUCUUUUAUUUCUAGAAGGGAUAAAGAUAGGCAUAUGAAUAUCUUUUGGGAAACUAAUCCAUCAAAAUUUAAUAAUGGUAAUCAAUCAUUAAUUGAAUUAUCUGGUGGUAUGCCAAAUGAAUCAUUUUUCCCAAUUGAAUCAAUUAAUCUUAAUAUCUUGACAGAACCUGUCUCAAAUGAUACAAUUCCUUCAAUUGUUACAAGAGAAAAACCUGAAAUUUUAUCGUUAUCAAGAACUUUACAAUAUGCUUUAUCUGAAGGUUUCCCACCAUUAAUUGAAUUUAUCGAAAAGUUUAUUACAAAAUUAAAUAAUAUUCCAUUAUAUGAUAAAAAUCUUUGGAAAAUUAUUUUAGCUGGUGGUUCAUGUGAUUCACUUUUUAAAAUUUUUGAAACUUGUACAGAUGAAAAUUCAACUGUUAUGGUUGAAGAAUUAACUUUCGUUCCUGUUGUUUCAAAUAUUAUUAAUACAGGUGCAAAAAUUAUUCCAUUAAAAUUAAAUUUAAAUAAUAAAGAUGAAGGUAUUGAUUUAAAUUAUAUGGAAUCUUUAUUAUCAAAUUGGGAAACUGGUCCAUAUAAACAUUUAGAAAGACCAAAAUUCUUAUAUACUAUUCCAACUGGUCAAAAUCCAACUGGUUUAACACAAUCUGUUGAAAAGAGACGUAAAAUUUAUAAAUUAGCUCAAAAAUUUAAUUUCGUUAUACUUGAAGAUGAUCCAUAUGGUUAUUUAAAAUUUCCAAAAUAUAAUCAUGAAAAUCCAUUAGAAAAUCCUUAUAAAGAUGGAAAAUCAAUUUCUUCUGAUGAAUAUAUUAAAAAUGUUUUAAUGAAAUCUUAUAUUAGUAUGGAUACUGAUGGUAGAGUAAUUAGAUUUGAAACUUUUUCAAAAAUAUUCGCACCAGGUAUGAGAUUAUCAUUUGUUAUUAUGAAUAAUUUUUUUUAUGAUAAAUUUUUAAAAUUUCAAGAAAUUUCAACAAGACAACCAUCUGGUAUUUCUCAACAAAUUGUUUAUUCAACAAUUCAUUCAAUGACAUCUUCAAAAGAUGAUAAAGAUAUUAUUGAAUCAUGGUUACAAUGGAUUAUGAAACUAGCUUGUAAUUAUACAGAAAGAAGAAAUGUUAUGUUACAAGCACUUUAUGAAUCUGAAUCAUUUAAAAUAGAUCAAUUCUCUAUUGUUGAACCAUCUGCUGGGAUGUUUAUUAUUAUCAAGAUUAAUUUUGAUGAAUCUAAAGGAAAUAUUAUUGAACAAAUGAAUAAAGUCUUUAACUUGAUGGAUAAUAAUGGUGUAAGAGCUAUUCUAGGUUAUAAAAUGGCUGUUGAUCAAGAAUUUUCAAAGGAUCAUUUAAAUUUCUUUAGAUUAACAUAUUCUUACGCUGAUAAUAAUAAUCAAAUUAAAGAAGCUAUUAACAGAAUAAACAAAAGUUUAUUAGAGUAUUUUAAAUAA